AUGUUGCUCACAAGCAUCAUUGCAGCUCUUGUCGCCGGCUGUGCCAUGGCAUGGCCGGCUUCGCAAGUUAAUCAGCCACGACAGAGCUCAACUUUUACCAAUCCCAUCGUCUACGAAGAUCUCCCGGAUCUCGACGUGUUCCGGGUUGGAGACGUGUAUUAUUACUCCACCUCUACAUUUGCAUACUCUCCAGGUGCGCCACUGUACAAAUCCUAUGACUUGGUCAACUGGGCCCCCGUCACCCACAGCGUACCAACACUCGACUUUGGCGACAAGUAUAACCUCCCUAGUGCCACCAACCGCGCCUACGUCAAGGGAAUCUGGGCCAGCAGCGUCCGGUACCGCGCGUCUACCGAUACUUUUUAUUGGGUUGGCUGCAUAGAGUUCUCCAAGACGUACAUUUACACGUCGUCUGGCAGCAACGCCGGCGCCAACGGUGGCGAGGCCGACUCGUGGAACUGGCAGCAGGCGGCCGUCAUUGACACGUGCUACUAUGACUGCGGUCUCUUUAUCGACGACGACGAUCAAAUGUACGUCGUGUACGGCAACACGCAAAUCAGCGUCGCCAAGCUGUCUAGUGAUGGCCUCUCGCAGGUCAGCACCCAGCAGGUUCUUUCGAGCGGCAGCACCACCAUUGAAGGCAGCCACAUGUACAAGAUCAAUGGCUACUACUGGAUCGUGCCGACGCAGCCCGCCACUGCCGAGUGGAUGUAUCGAUCGACGAGUAUCUACGGGCCGUAUGAGCAGCGAGUGCUGGUCAGUUCCAUCCCGGCACCUCUCGCCAACGCCGGGUCCCCGCACCAAGGAGGUUUUGUCGAGACUCAGGACGGCGAGUGGUAUUACAUCUCCUUCAUGGACUCUUAUCCCGCCGGGCGAAUGCCAGUCAUGGCGCCCUUGAGCUGGGAUAGCAAUGGUUGGCCAUAUGUCGUCACCAACAGCAGUGGCGGCUGGGCCGUGGAGUACGAUGCACCCGUGGUGACUUCCAAGACGGUCCCGUCACUCACCGGGACGGACACUUUUAGUUUCCUCGGCGACGAGUGGGAAUGGAAUCAUAAUCCCGACACCUCGAAAUGGAGCAUAGCGAAUGGUGGAGGUCUUGUUCUUCAGACCGCAACCAUCACAGACGAUCUCUUCACUGCUCGAAACACGUUGACGCACCGCAUCAUUGGACCCGUAUCCGAGGCUGUUUUCGAAUUCGAUAUCAGCGCAAUGUCUGACGGAGAUCGUGCGGGUGCAGCCAUGUUCCGAGACCAGUCGGCUUAUAUUGGAGUACACAAAUCGGGAAGUACAGCUACCUUGGUCUAUGUCAACGGCAUCACACUGGCCGACAGAACUUGGACAACUUCAUCCACUGGGACUGUCGCUGCGACAGGACCUACCGUGGCACAGUCGACUGUUUAUCUCAAGAUCAGGGCCAACGUGACCCCCGCGUUUGGCCUCGCUCCCGUCCGUCCGGCGACCUUUAGCUACAGCCUGGAUGGCCAAACGUGGACUCAGCUGGGUGGGGAUUUCCUCUUGGUCAACACGUGGACAUAUUUCACGGGAUAUCGGUAUGCAGCCUUCAACUUUGCCACAAAGGCUCUGGGUGGGGCGGUCACGCUAAAGAGCUUUUCUAUGGAAAAUGUUUAG